AAGUUCUCAGUCCUAGUAGUUACCGACAACUGCCUUUACAUUCAAAGUUUCGAAUUCGAAUGCAAUAAUCUCAGCUACCGCGGGGCUCCCAUUGAUCGAGAACGCCCUACUCACUUUGACGUUCAUCCACGUCACGACACCCGCACACAUCCCUCUUGCUUUUUGUACUCUCUGCAGCCGCUCGCGCAAGAGAACGUGUACACCAAUUCCGCGAACUACCCGACGACGCCGCAGCAAAAUCUCAUCUCGCAAAGCAUACUACCAGCGACUUGACUACAUCGUCGUCCAGAUAGCAAACAAACGCCCAUGUCCGCCUACAAAGGGCAGCGGGGGCCCAACGUGUCCCAGUACAUCGCGAACCUCAACCAGCUGUCGCCACAGCAGGAUUUGCUCGCUGAUCCAGCGCCCGCUGAGGACUUCUCCGACUUCCUGAACGGCGACUUCUUCGACGCGGACGGUGCUCGCAACGCCAGCGUCGACUUUGCUUCUACCAGUGACUUUGGCCUCGGUUUCGACACCGAGCAAACACAGCCGUUGAAGACGGACGGAGAGUCUCCGCGCAACCCCAGCAUUAGCGUCGACGCGACUAUGGACUUCAACCUGAAUGGCGACUUCCCGUUCACCGACUUCAACAACUUUGGUACGGCUCCAGCCUUUGACCCGUCUAUGCCACUGGCGCACACUCAGCCUGCCCACUACCCGCUCGCUCCCAACUACGCCUCGCCUGCCUCCUCACUAUCCCCUGCCGCACAAGGCUACGACCAGGCUUCGAAGAAGCGCAAGCUCGAUAACGCCGCUCCUAUCAUCCCGCAAUCACUCGACGAGAACGCCCGCGUAGCUGCUGAGGAGGACAAGCGUCGCCGUAACACUGCUGCAAGUGCUCGCUUCCGCAUCAAGAAGAAGCAGCGUGAGCAGGCUCUCGAGCAAUCUCAGAAGGAGGCCCAGGAGAAGGUCGCCAAGCUAGAGGCGACCAUUCAGCAACUGCAGACAGAGAACGCAUGGCUGAAGGGCCUCAUCACUGAAAAGAACGGCGGCAAGAGCACCACAGACGAGCUCCGGGCGCUUAUCAGCAAGCGGGAGCAAGCCGUAAGCGGACGGAGUAGCACUACGCACACAGAUGGCGUAGGUACCCAGGCCGAGAGCCAAAAGGCAGAGGCCUAAAAGCUGUUUUUUGUUCUUGACCUGCUUUCUCU